AUGGAUUCGGUAUCAGCCAGCCAUGCCGCUGAACAGUGGUCAACAUUAUUCCGAACUUGCUUCAGUCAUCGCAUACGUGCUACACAGCUGAGCAAGCCAUUUUCUGAACUUUGGAGCUCUCAGCCCAUAUCUGGACCACAACUCGCUAGCAUCAUCUUUACAUCCGGAGCCUCUGGCAUUGACCCUCUAAUCACCGAAUAUCUGGAACAAAUUCUACGCGUCACCACCAUCGACACUUGCGAUAUCCUGGUUGCUUUGCUGGCUCACUCUCGUUAUGCGCUCAAGAAANAGGCUUCCAAUCGCACUCCAAUGAGUAACGCAUUCUUUGAACAUGUCUUGUCACUGCUCGUGCGUCUGGUCGCCGCAGGUGAGCGACCAAAAUCCACUCGCGAAGCCCGCAACGUCGUACGAGCCUUGGGAGAAUGCCUUACCGCUUGCCGUGCUCAUGAGAUGGUCCUUCUCAUGCAGCAUGUCGAGGUGAUGCAAAGUCCAGACCCUCAAGUUGUCACGUCCUUCGAAACGCUGGCAACGCUUGCAAUCGCUCUCCUGAACCAUGCCACAGUCAAGACCGACAUUGGUGUCUGGCCACAGACCCUGAAGGAAAAGGUUGCGUCUGCGUGUAGUGACUUUGCAGAACUUAUAAGCCCGUGGUCUCACUCGCAGAUUGGUGCACGCCUUCACAUGAUGGCCAAGACUCCACCUCUCGGCAAACCCGACUUUAGCACUGCAGAAAUAGCAUCGGCAGUCAACGAUCUUCCAGUCACCAAUUCGAGAGUUGGUCUCUACGCAUACCUCAAUGCAGCGCUAUGUGCGAGACCUCUAACAGAUGACAUGUCGCUCUUUAACUACAUACAUGCCAAAUAUCAAAACGAUACACAAGCGCUGGUUUCAGAUUUGAUCGUGGCUUCUUUCGACGUUCUGGCGAAUGCUUUGCAGCAACAACAGUCACCCAAUCACAUUCUCUGUUACCGCUCAUUCAUCGCCAACAAGCUACCCUUGCUGAUCACAACCUUGUCCGGAUCAUUUGCACCUAUGACUUCUCAAGUAUACAUUCAGAUGGCUCUGAGACGAGUCGAUGUUCAUCCAUUCCCACCCUUGUCUUCAGACAAUGACACCACCAACAACGAGAUCUUGAAAAAGAGUCGUCAGGAGUUUGUGCAGGCUUGCAUUAUGUUUCAGCUUGGCAACGAACAGGCUUUCCAUUCCGUAAUAGGCGAGUCGCCUGCUCCGGUUGCUUCUCGGGUGCCCAGGUACAACAGACAAUCUCUGGCUCAGCAAUGUAUUGCCAACAUACACCGUGUGGAAGAACUGGCUCGUGAGCUUGAGGGCAUGAACGGUAACGCAGGUGCAAUCUCAGGAGCGUUGGUUGACACAAUUCAACACUUGUACACUGCAAAAGAAACCAUGUCUUUGCGAACGUUGUGCAAUACCCUUUCUCGACGAUUGCCAAUGAUGGACAUUAUCUUCCAAUACGCUCAGCCCGCGGACGUGCUUUCGCCACUUUGCAGUCUGCUGAACGAAUGGACUCACGACGAGGACCAGAGCGAAUUUCAACCGCCUUACGAAGAGUUCGCCUCUGUUUUGCUGCUUGUUCUGGCCGUCAUCCAUCGUUACCAACUGGCAGAAGCUGAGAUUGGAGCAUUCUCGUCUGAUACGUUCAUCAUGAAAUUCCUCAACAACAUUUCCACGAGCAUCCCUAUCAGAGCACUCGACGAUGACCAGCAAAAGCAGCUCACAAAAUGGGUUCAAGGUUUGUAUGCAACCGACGAACAGGGUGAAACGAACGGUAUCAGCGAUGAGACCAUGUCACACUGCCCGCCUCAGUCUUUCUAUCUACUGGUGCCAACACUGUUCGAGCAGAGUGUGCAAGCCUGUAAGCUCAUGGUCCUUGCCAUCAACACUCUGAAAGGCGGACUCGAGUUUCUGCUUGAGCCUUUCCUGCUUCCUUCACUGAUCGGAGGCCUCAGCUGGAUCACUAAACACUCUUGGGAGGAUCACGGCGACACGGAGAUCUUGCUACAGAUACUGCGCAAAUUGAUCCAACCUGACUCGAUCUCUGGCGAUGCUCAAGCGAUGCAUCAGACCAUACUUGCCAUGGUCGCACGACCUUUGGUGAUGUCUCUGCAAGAAUUACAGCGAAGGCAGCCUAAGCGUAAGGACGUCACUCCACUUGUCGAGGUUCUCUCACCUCACUUGGACAGCCAGCGCUCGGGCAAAUGUAGUUCAGCCGAGCUUACAGCAUGGUCCGCUGCUCCUGAAGGUGGCUUGCGGGCUACAGUCAGCAGUGUUGUCCGCGGUCUGAUUCAAUGGUCCUCACAGGGUGGCAUAAACUCUAUACCCUACAGCUACACGCAUCGGACCAUCACAACAGCUCUGGACGUGCUUGGGGCUGACGCAGUCUUGGCCAUCAUACUGGACGAGCUCAGGUCACAAACUCAGAGCGGGUCCGGUUCAGCAGCGCUUGAAGUUGCUACCGCUAUCAUUUGUGCCCCUUCGCCUCUACCCGCACUGUCUCAGACAACCGCUCUUAUGCAAUUUGACCAAUCUGCUCCGGCGUCAGUCAAUCAACGACGUACGUUGCGUCAGGCGCUGCGAGCAAGGUUGGAAGAACCCAAGGAGCUCCUAGGUAUGGAGACUGAGCGUGUGGAAACACUCGUGAGACUCGGCCGUCGUGUUGAGGCGCAACUUGCUGUCCCAGCACAGCUUACCAUGCCCAUGACGAAUCUUGACCUCGACAUGAACAUGGCUGGUGCAGACAUGCAAAUAACCAGCGCAGAAAUGCAGAUGGCUGGAGAAACCGCGAAUGAUUCUGCUGCUGCUGCCGUCACGGACCAGGACUUUACAGCUGCCAUGGAUCAAUCCUUGCAGAUGGACACAACCAACAUCAACGAUUCCAACGCCAUAUCACUCGACAUGUCUAACAACCUCUUCACUAGCCAGGAUAUGGACUUUGAUCUGACUGGUACAUCUCAGCAACACGGAGCUGGGCAAAUGAGCAACGAGGAUGAUAUCUUCGCCGGCCUUGAGAUGGAUCUCGGCGGUGAUGAUUUCGAUUUCUCUUAG